CCUGUUUCUUUUAUGGAAAAAAGGAAGGGUGAAGAAUGGAAAAGAAAACAAGAAUAUCAAGUACAACUGAACUGAUUAUUCAAGGGAACAAAGAAAUCAAAUGGAAGCAACCAUGGAAGAAAGAAUAUCACAAAAUUAUCAAGUGUUGUCCAAAUAGAAAUAUUCAAAAAGGCUCAUCCUAUGGUAUCCUCUCUCUCUCUCUCUUUUCUAUGUCUAUCUCUCUCUCCCCUCCUUGUCACCCUCUCUCUUUUUUUUUUUUAUAGUAUCUCACCUCGUCGUUCUUCUCGCCGAAGACGUGUUUCUCCUCGUCGCCGUCGUUAUUCUCGUUCCAGAUCUCCUCGUGAUCGUAGAAGUAGUAGACGAUCAGCAGAAAAAAAGGAACUUCAUGGCACUCGAGACGCACCUGAACCAUCUAGAUUUAUUGGUGUAUUUGGAUUGAAUAUGCAUACACGUGAAAGAGAUUUGGAAGACGUGUUUGGCAAAUUUGGACCUUUGGAUAAAGUCACUGUUGUGUAUGACCAUCGCGCUAAACGCUCCCGUGGUUUUGGAUUUGUGAACUUUGUCAAUCAAGAUGAUGCCACUCGUGCUCGUGAUGAAUUGAAUGGAAUAGAAAUUGAUGGUCGUAAGGUGCGCGUGGAUUAUGCCGUGACUCAUCGUGCUCAUAGUCCUACUCCAGGUGAAUACAUGGGUGAAAAGCGUCCCGAUUAUAAUCGUGGUGGAUAUGAUCGUCGUCGUCGAUACAGUCGUUCUCGUUCUCCUCCUCGUCGCCGCAGAAGAAGCAGAAGCCGCUCUUUCUCUCGUUAAAUAUUUAGUAGUUUAGUUUGAUUCUUUUUUUUUUUCCUUUUGUUUGUUGAAAUAAAAGCUUCGGGGUUUAUGCAAGAUGGUGCUCAAUGUUUAAAAAGA